AUGACGCCGAGACCGAAAACAGAUACGAAGCCGGAGAAUCUAUGGGGCAAGCGGACAAGGAUCCUGGGGAAAUUAGUUGGAAUCAGCGUUAAACUGGAGAACUUUAUUCCGACGAACAUGUCCUCCAAGAGGCGUCAGGUUGAAGGUGUGAAGGAGGGCGAAGGUGAUUGGAUGACCCCGGAGCAAAUCGGCGGUGCGCUUGAAGCGUUAGGAAAUCAUUACGAGUCCAAGUCCCAACAUUACCUCUCAGCACCGCUCUUCCUGCAGGCAGUGUCACUCUCGCCCCGAAAUAGCUGCCACACUGCCGUUCUAAUGAACAACCUAGCGAUCUCUUUAGCACAGCAACCCAUUAAUACACCAACAAAUACCAACCCGACCUCUCAGGGUAGCAGAUCCAACGUGGCUGCCCGUCCCACACGGUCUACACUCUUAGCCAGUGCCCGCGCUUGGGCUCUGCAAGCUCAAGAAACAGCGCAGAAAGUACAGGGUGAAGAUAGAACUGAUGAGUGUGACGAAGCUUGUGCCGUGGCACUUUGCAACCUUGGAGAUAUCGCGGCUAUGACUGGAGAUACCGAGGAAGCCAGGCGUAAGUUUAAGGAGAGUUUAAGUUUGAGCAAGAGAAUUGCGUUUGACCCAGGUGUCGCGCAAGCCCAGGAGGGCCUUCAACGUUUAUCUACGGUAACAAAACAGAUCUACUAUAAUUUUACCUUUCAAGGGAUGUAUCCCAGUUCCGAGAAUACAGACGGGUCAGGAGAAACAACUCAGCCAGACUCACAACAACCUCCUUCUAAACCUGCAGCAAAGAGGAAGCGCGAGAACAGAUACAAAAACGCACCACCCUCUGUCCUAUCUAGUUAUCCAUUACAGCGUCGAAGAGCUCAGAAUCGUGCAUCUCAAAGAGCCUACCGAGAGAGGAAGGACCAGCGUAUCAAGGAUCUCGAAAUCUUGCUCGGCGAAGCUCAGAAGAAAAACGACGUCCUCAGCCUCGCCUACUCCAACUUACAAACAGAAUAUCUCAGGCUCAAACGCGAACGCGAACGCGAUCAAGAAGCAGCAGCAAGAUACACACAGACUGCCCUGAUAUACGAUCCAACGAUAGACGCGACUUCAACCGAUAUGGACUUAUUCCUCUACGGCGGUCCAUCAGGUUACUCCCUGUAA